AUGUUUGAGUUCAUGUUUGGAUGGAGAAAAGCUUCAAAAUGCAAGAAGUUAAUCAAGAAGGUUGGGUGUCGUUUGAAUUUGCUGAAGAACAAGAGAAGUUAUAUCGUUAGACAACUGCGAAACGAUGUCGCCCAACUCAUCAAACAUGGCCAUUACCAGACUGCUUUCGAUAGGGUAGAUCAAAUUUACAAAGAUGAGUGCAUUGUUGCGGUAUACGAGCUAUUGGCUCUUUUUUGCGAUUUUAUUACUCUUCAAUUUUCCUAUAUUCGUCGUAACAAAGAUUGCCCUAAUGACAUUAACGAAGCAAUAUCAAGCCUCAUUUUCGCAUCCGCGAGAUGCGGGAACCUGCCCGAGCUUAUACAGAUACGAAAACUAUUCAGUGAGCGAUACGGGGAGCGUUUCGAGACCACGGCCCUCGAGUUACUUCCGGGAAAUCUUGUCAAUUUUCAGAUUAUCGAAAAUCUAUCAAUCACGAACGUACCAAAUGAAGCCAAGUACAAACUGCUUGAGGAGAUAACUACAAGCGUUCAACAAACUGGACCAUUGGCGUUGGAAUUUGCUUCUGAAGUGCAUCAACAGGUAUACUUGCAACUGCAGGCAACGAACCGCAAUGCUAAUCAAGCUAUUCCGGCCACCGGAAAUCGAUUUGACUUUGACCAUUCCGGCGUGGACACAGAUCCAUCGAUGACCGAUCCUGAUGACACCGAUUCCUCAUCGGAAAAUUCAACUGUUAAUGUGCCUGAAGAAAUUGUUUAUCUCGACGACAUUGUGGAGUUCCAAUCUCCGUUGAACAGCGGCAAAAAUGAAAUAGAUCAAAGAGUUUUCGUUUUCAGAUCAUCUGCUAAAACGUACGAAUUUAACGAUUUCAGUAUCGAGCGUUCUGAACAUCUGAGAGACGGGACAGAGGUGACGAGAAGAUCGACGGAAAGACCGAUUUCAUCAGCAAUUGGAUGCUCCGGUUACAGAAAAAGAUCGCCAUUCUAUCAAAAUUUUAAACGGACAGGGGAUAUGGGAAGUCGUAGGGAUUAUUAUCCGAGAGCAAUGAGUAUGCCUUGUAUGCGUUCGACGAAAUGUGUAGAUGACAAUGGUGUAAUGAGGUCGAAUUCGUUACCGGUUGAACCAUCUCCGCCACAUGUUCACCCCAAGCUCCCGGACUACGAUGAGUUAGCUGCCAUGUUUAUGGCUCUCAAGAAAGAGCAUUUGCAAAACCAUAAGUAG